CCACCCGGAAGUGCUUGUGGCCUGGCCUGGUCGAGCGGUGAGCUGGUGGCAGGAAAGGGACGAGUGGCGCUGUCUGCAGCAUGAGCGGAGUCCUGGCGUCUGCCGAGCCGGCUCCUGCCUCGGUAACUCUGGCGGAGCUCCUGCAUCUGGUCCAGAAGGGCCAGGAGCUCCCGGACCUGGAGAAACGCCACAUCACUGCAACCCAUGGUGAACCCACCGCCUCUCUGCUACCACGGAGGCCCAAGCCCUGGGAAGACGCGGGCGCGGCCGCCCCAGACACGAGGACGCAGCCUCCGACGGCCGAGGAAUCGUCCGGGGCACCCCAGCCGCCCAACUCGACGGAGGCCCUAGGGGUUCCUGAGGCUCGAGGUGUUUCGUAGCUGAGAUUCGGACGGCGUGACGCUUGCUACCUUUACUCAUCCUUCUGCAUCUGCCAUGACCUGUCUCACCCACACCCAGUGGCCCUCAGGGAUUCAAUGUUGACCAGUAAUUUUGUUUUUGGACGCUGGAUUUCAACUGCAUACUGUAUUCUAGUCCAUUUGCCUAACGGAAACAAGUCUCCCUUGUCACCGUUAAGAGGGCACGGCUUCCUGGGUCAGCUUAUUCUGAUAAACUGAUAUAAAAGGCAUUUCUAAUUUUGCA